AGUAGGCUGGAAGGCUCUCUUCCCUCGCUCACUCCUCAGCGCAGGAGUGAUCCGAAGCCGAACAAACUCUGGCUGCUGCAGCUGCUGUUGGUUUUGUGUGGACUGGACGCAGCACUUGGGAGACGGAGAGGGUUAUUUCUCCAAUUUACAGUCAAUGGAAUUACAGCUCUAAGCAGCAGUGUAUAUAGGAUUGCUUUUUCUCGUCUUCUUGGAGAUGCUCAGUCCUCCUCUAUUUUAAAGAAGAGAAAUACAAAGGAAAUUUAGUGUGCUUCCUUUUCCUUCCAUGAAGAACAUUCAAAUUAUUUCCUUUACCUCUUCAAAGAGAAUACCUGUACUUCUAUAACGUGACUGGACCAGAAAUUCUGAGAAAUCAGCAAGAAGCAAAAGCUGGAAAUCACUCUUUCACAGCAGGUGAAAAGAAGCUACCUUGUGUGAGGACCUCAACACUGCUGACCAUGACCAGCCCAGCCUGGAGCCUCUUCCUCAUCGGGACUAGAAUUGGGCUGUUUUUACAAGUUGUACCUCUCUCCGUUAUGGCUAAAUCCUGCCCAUCCGUGUGUCGCUGUGAUGCGGGUUUCAUUUACUGUAAUGAUCGCUUUCUGACAUCCAUUCCAGCAGGAAUACCUGAGGAUGCUACAACUCUCUACCUUCAGAACAACCAAAUAAAUAAUGCUGGGAUUCCUUCAGAUUUAAAAAACUUGCUGAAAGUAGAAAGAAUAUACCUGUACCACAACAGUCUCGAUGAAUUUCCUACCAAUCUUCCAAAGUAUGUAAAAGAGUUGCACUUGCAAGAAAAUAACAUAAGAACUAUCACUUAUGAUUCGCUUUCCAAAAUUCCUUAUCUGGAAGAAUUACACUUAGAUGAUAACUCUGUCUCUGCCGUUAGCAUCGAAGAGGGAGCAUUUCGCGACAGCAACUAUCUCCGACUUCUUUUCCUGUCCCGGAACCACCUGAGCACAAUCCCCUGGGGGCUGCCCAGGACUAUCGAGGAGCUGCGCUUGGAUGAUAAUCGCAUAUCUACUAUUUCAUCACCGUCUCUUCAAGGUCUGACUAGCCUGAAACGCCUGGUUUUGGAUGGAAAUUUGUUGAACAAUCAUGGGUUAGGGGACAAAGUUUUCUUCAACCUAGUGAACUUAACUGAGCUGUCCUUGGUACGGAAUUCCUUGACGGCUGCACCAGUAAACCUUCCAGGCACAAACCUAAGGAAACUUUACCUUCAAGAUAACCAUAUCAACCGGGUGCCCCCGAAUGCCUUUUCUUAUUUAAGGCAGCUGUACCGACUCGAUAUGUCCAAUAAUAACCUAAGUAAUUUACCUCAGGGCAUCUUUGACGAUCUGGACAACAUAACCCAACUGAUUCUUCGCAACAAUCCCUGGUACUGCGGGUGUAAGAUGAAGUGGGUGCGGGACUGGCUACAGUCCCUGCCGGUGAGAGUUAACGUGCGUGGGCUCAUGUGCCAAGCCCCAGAGAAAGUUCGGGGAAUGGCUAUCAAGGACCUCAACGCAGAACUGUUUGAUUGUAAAGACAGUGCGCUUGUAAGCACCAUUCAGAUAACCACUGCGGCACCCAACACCGUGUAUCCUGCUCAAGGGCAGUGGUCAGCUCCUGUGACCAAACAACCAGAGAUUAAGAACCCCAAGGCCGCUAAGGAUCAGCGAACUACGGGGAGUCCCUCGAGAAAAACAAUUACAAUUACUGUGAAGUCCGUCACCUCUGACACAAUUCAUAUCUCCUGGAAACUGGCUCUACCUAUGACUGCUUUAAGACUCAGCUGGCUUAAGCUGGGCCAUAGCCCAGCCUUUGGAUCUAUAACAGAAACCAUCGUGACUGGGGAACGCAGUGAAUACUUGGUCACAGCCCUGGAGCCCGAUUCGCCCUACAGAGUAUGCAUGGUUCCCAUGGAAACCAGUAACCUUUACCUAUUUGAUGAAACUCCUGUUUGUAUUGAGACCGAAACUGCGCCUCUUCGAAUGUACAACCCUACAACCACCCUCAACCGAGAGCAAGAGAAAGAACCUUACAAAAAUCCAAAUUUACCUUUGGCUGCCAUCAUCGGCGGGGCUGUGGCCCUGGUGACCAUUGCCCUUCUGGCUUUAGUGUGUUGGUAUGUUCAUAGGAAUGGGUCUCUCUUUUCAAGGAACUGUGCAUACAGCAAAGGGAGGAGAAGAAAGGAUGACUAUGCAGAGGCUGGCACUAAGAAGGACAAUUCUAUCCUGGAAAUCAGGGAAACGUCUUUUCAGAUGUUACCAAUAAGCAAUGAACCCAUCUCCAAGGAGGAGUAUGUAAUACAUACCAUAUAUCCUCCUAAUGGAAUGAGUCUGUACAAAAACAAUCACAGUGAAAGCAGUAGUAACCGAAGCUACAGAGACAGUGGCAUUCCAGACUCAGACCACUCACACUCAUGAUGCUGAAAGACCCUCAAGCAGACUAUGUUUCAGGUUUUUUAAACCUAAGGGAGGUGAUGGUAGGAAUCCUGUUCUACUGCAAAACACUGGAAAAAGAGACUGGAAAAAAAAAAGCAAUGUACUGUACAUUUGCCAUAUAAUUUAUAUUUAAGAACUUUUUAUUAAAAGUUUCAAAUUUCAGGUUACUGCUGCGAUUGAUGUAGUGGAGAUGCCUGAACACAAUUCUAUAUUUUAGUAUUUUUUAGUAAUUUGUACUGUAUUUUCCUUGCAAAUAUUGAAGUUAUAAACCAUUUACUUUGUGUUCUACUGAGUAAGAUGACUUGUUGACUGUGAAAGUGAAUUUUCUUGCUGUGUUGAACAAUCAGGACUGCGUUCACAUGAGAUCCUUGUAGUAUAAGCACAGGCCAUUUUUCACUUUGGUAUUGAUAAAAUGUAAAAAAACAAACUGGCUGAAUGAGAAAAAGAUAAAUUUUAAAACUAGCUAUGAAAUAAUGUUCUAAUUAUUAAAUUUGUAUUAUCCCAGUGGUAUUCAAUAAAUCAAAAUAUGUGAAGUAAUGGGCAAUAUCUAACUUGCUGCAUAUUUCCAUUUUUUGCUCUAGGCAAAUUAAAUAUCCUUAAGAAAGUUAAGCAAAUCUUCUGAACUGAACGCAUCAGCUGGCAUAAAGGACCGUGAAGUCUUGUUAAAAUCAUUAUCAAUAAAGCUUUAAGAAUAAAUGACUUCACAAAAACAACAAUAUAAAUAUGCUUCUGAGUUAGGGGAGGAAUAUGUACUUAGGAAAAAACAUGAAAACUUAGACUUGUACAUGUAAUAAACACAAGUACUAAAAUGCAUUUUGGUUUCAUCUAUACCAUCUUGAUUUUUACAAAGUGAAUUGUAAACACAAAACUGUUAGUGUUUAUGAUGUUUUUAUUAUAAGAUAUCACAGAGCAAGCUUAUGCAUUAUUAAAAAGAUAGCAUAACCAUAAGCAAUUCCCCUCGACAAUCCAGAAAAAGUAGUGCUCUGAAGUGAGAACUCAAAAGAAAAAUAAAUACUAGAAAUCAAAUUUAGAUCAGUUUUAUGUGAGACAUUUUUAACACUGUACAUAAAAUGUCCAAGUUACUUUCACAAUGAUCAAGAAUACUGCCCAUUACUGUCACAGUUUUCCAAAUAUUACAUAAUGAACUUGUAACAUUUCCUUAUUGCUUCCUACUGAAUUGUAAGCUACAAUUGUUUAAAAACCAUAUCACUUUUUGUUGUCAUUUUUUUUCCAACAAAAAACCAAAGUGCAUUGUACGCCCUUUGGCCAGUCUUGUAUGUGCCUUGAUCCAAUGCUACAUGUAUUCAGCUUUCAAAACUCGACAAAUUUUUCAUACUUCCUUAAAUAUGAAAAAUUAUGGUCUUAUUGCUGAAUAAAACUUAA